AUGGAGAAGUUCAUUGAAGGAGGUGCUGACAGUGAGGAAGAUGAGGAUGAAGAGCAUGUUUCAGAGACGCAUGAAACCAGCCGCACAAGCUUAGAUUCUUUGCAGAUAGAAGAGCAGGAAGAGCAACAAAAUGAAGAGGAGGAAAAAAUUGUUGAGAAUCAACUGAGUGAAAAAGCACAAGGUGGUAGCCUUGGAACACAAGAUGAUAAUGAUGAGGUAUGA